GCACCGGAAACGGCAGCUGCCGAGGCAUUGCAAGAGACGUCUGCAGGUACGGCAGAGCCGGCCGCAGAGACGCCUGAGUUGAGCUCAAACGAGGCCAGCUUCAACCUGGAAGAGCCCCAGAAGUUGGCCGAGUACCUGAAGUAUGCAGACAUCCGUCUUCUUCGGGUCGAGUACCUGUACGAGCUGUUGCGAGAGGAGAGGCUGCUGCCCCGACGCCAGGAAGCGGAGCGGGCCUUAGGCCUGUGCCUGUGGCACCUUCGUGACGCACCGCACUCCGAGGAAGAGUGGGGCCUCGUAAGCCACGAGGAGGUGAGUGAGUGGGCGGCGGGGACCCGAGACGCGAUGCUCAUUUCUGUUUCACAUGCCUGGGAGACCCGUGAACACCCGGAUCCCUGCGGCGACCAGUUGAAGCGGCUGGUCAGCUGCCUAAGCCUCUACGAUGCUGCCUAUUUUUCUGAGAUCUGGGUAUUUUACGACUACGUAUCUCUCUUUCAAUACGAGCGGCAGACAGACGCGGAAACGGAGAGCUUUCGCAGAUCCAUGAGUCACAUGCACAUGUGUUACGCCCACGAAUGCAAUCGGACUCUUCGCUUGGAAGCUCUCACUCCAGACGACGUCUGGGACGCCGCGCUGCAGAACUCGAAGCAUCUUGUGAUGGUGUAUGAUGAUAAGAGCAAGACCGUCCGAGGCCGCCCCCUCAAGGAGCUAGUGCAUAACCGCGUCCCGUAUCGGGACCGCGGGUGGUGCAAGGCAGAGGUGGAGUGGUCCUCUUGCAGGAGCCGGUCCGAGCAGAACCAGCGGAUCGACGCUCCGGGCUCCGAAGCGAACUCCGAAGAAUUCGAACUCAAGGGCAAAGUCCCAAUGGCUCCCGAGGUCUUCCAAGAAGACAUGAAGAAAGCCGCGUUCACGCAUCGGAACGAUGCCGGAGAAGUGCAGAAGCUGCAGCAGGAUAUCUACUACGAGAAAGUCUCCGUAUGCGAAGAGGCGGUGCUGACAAACUUGCCGGAAGGCGA